CACAUACUCUUCUUCUUCCUCUUCUUCUUCUUCUUCUUCUCCACCAUCAUCAUCACAAUUUAUUACCACCAUGGGGUUCCCCUCAGUGUGCUACUGUGUUAUCCUCCCAAAACCUCUCACCCUCACCAUCCAACUACUUGACUAUAUAAGACUCUCCAUCCUUCUCUCCCUCUCCUACCUCGGCCUCGCCGCUGCGCCCUUCGAAGAGCACACCCACCCUACGUCGCCUUCCCCGACCGCGCCCUCGGCGAUCGAAGCGCGACUUCGCGUCGUCGCGUUCGCGAGCUUCGCGCAGAGAUCGGCGAAAGGAGAGGAGAGCAUUGUUUGUGCAGUGUGCUUGGGGGACUUGGAGCUUGAACAUGAAGUGAGGGAGUUGGGGAAUUGCUCUCAUGCAUUUCACAAGGGUUGUAUUGAUAAGUGGGUGGAGAUUGGUCAUGCAACAUGCCCUUUGUGUAGAGCCCUUUUAUGGCCAAUAGAGUAGGGGGGAGAAUUAACUUCAUUUUACUCAAAGAAAUGAAUAUAUAACUCUUGAUUUAAUAAGGUAAA